AUGUCUCCCGCGUCAUCGAUUCACGAUCCAGGCGAAAGCCAGCCGCUCCUCUCGAGGCAUCGACGACGCACCGGCACAUUCCAACUGCCAUCAUUCAAUGGCCAGCGACUCGUGUCGCCCCUAUCCAUGCGACGUGCCUCCCUACAGGAGGUUCACCCACAUCACGAAGACGUCGAGCCAGUACUGCCGGCCGCGCCAGUCGCCGCCCACCAAGAGACGCGCCUACACAAGCCGCAAUGGGCGCUUAGUGACAGGCCACCAAACACAUGGGCCCAAAUCCGUCAUUACUGGCGGGAGGAAUUUGCUGAAUUCUGGGGUAUCUUCAUGAUCUUGCUCUUUGGAGCAGGUGUGGAAUGCGAGACGCGUCUGAAUUACCAGUCGGCCGACAUCCGCGAAAAUGCUGGUGACUUUUUGCAGUGCCGCCUGGCCUGGGCCGCCGGCGUGGCUAUGGCCGUAUGGAUGUCCGGUGGCGUAUCAGGUGGACACUGCAACCCAACCGUGACAGUUGUCCUCGCCCUUUUCCGCGGCUUCCCCUGGCGCAAAGUGCCCAGCUUUUUGGCUGCGCAGGUCUUGGGUGCUACCUUCGCCAGUCUUGCCGUCUAUCUGAACUACUCCACCAGCAUUGCAGAGUACGAGGGCGGCGCUGCCCGCACUUUGAUCGGGGAACAUGCCACUGCCGGUCUCUUCUUCACCUUUCCCAAGUCUGGACUUCCUUAUGCCGGCGCCUUUUACACCGAGUUCCUUGCCUCGGCCGCGCUGGUGGCUAUCGUGUUUGCUCUGGCUGAUAAGAACAACCUAUCGCCGCCAAAGGGCACACAACCCUUUGCUAUGUUCUUGGCUUUGCUGGCCAUCGGCUCCGCCUUGGGCAUCAACACUGGGUACGCCAUGAAUGGUGCCAGAGAUACUGGCCCACGUAUUGCGUUGGCUAUCGUUGGCUAUGGCUCGGAUGUCUUCACUCAUGAUUCUUACUACUGGCUGUGGGCCCCUUGGGCUGCUGCUAUUGUUGGUGGUAUCGCGGGUGCUUGCGUGUAUGAUGGAUUCAUCUACACUGGGCGUGACUCUCCGUUCAACAUCCCGAGGAAGGAAGAUGACUAA